AUUCAAGUGACGGAAGCGCCAGCAAAUCAAAUGCGAGGACGUUCAUCCCAUAGACCAAUGAAAACCCGUACUGUUACGCCAAAACGCCCUAAGUGGUUGGAGUGAACUCUAGUUUCGGUGUCUGUCAAAUUAUUUAGCUAGCCAAUGUUAGCAAGUUAGCAGGGAUGACACUCAAAGGAAUGGCGAGCAGUUGAUCAGUUUCUGCCAAAAUUAUACCGUGACACACGUUAACAUCUCUUUUAAAGGGACUUUUACAGCCUUUUAGCAAAUACGCAGCGGAUGGCCCGGACAGCACUUGUCGUGGGGCCUACAUAGAAAGAGGGACAUCAAUCUGAACCUCUGAAUGAGUAAUGAACCUUAACCCCUUCUGGAGCAUGUCUGCCAAUACAAGUCGUAAGCAGAGAUCUGACGUCGAGGAACAGAGUGGGCCCGGGGAGCAGAGAGCCAGCCCGGCCCGACUGCCCUUUGGCAAAAAGCAGCUUCCCCCCAUUCCUAAGAAUGCAGCCCCCAUUACCAAGCCUGCAUCAACGGGCACCCCAGCCCAGUCAGCCAAUGGCACACACGCCUCCUAUGGACCUUUUUACUUGGAGUACUCUCUGCUGGCUGAGUUCACACUAGUGAUUAAGCAGAAACUCCCUGGAAUUUAUGUGCAGCCAUCCUACAAAUCGGCGCUAAUGUGGUUUGGGGUCAUAUUCAUCAGACAUGGCUUGUACCAGGAUGGAGUCUUCAAAUUCACAGUGUAUAUUCCAGAUAACUAUCCAGAUGGAGAGUGUCCUAAGUUAGUGUUUGACAUCCCAGUCUUCCAUCCUCUUGUUAACCCUGUGUCUGGAGAGCUUGAUGUCAAAAGAGCUUUCAACAAAUGGAGACGAAAUCACAACCACAUCUGGCAAGUCUUGAUGUAUGCACGUACAGUUUUCUACAAGAUCUAUACCACGGAACCACUCAACCCAGAGGCAGCUGUGCUAUAUGAAAAGGAUGUACAGUUGUUCAAAAGCAAAGUGGUGGACAGUGUGAAACUAUGCAACAGUCAUCUUUUUGACCAGCCCAAGAUAGAUGAUCCCUAUGCAAUAAGUUUUUCGCCAUGGAACCCAGCUGUUCAUGAUGAAGCCAAAGAGCGGAUGUUCACAUACAAAAGACGGCCUGAGGAUCACCACAAGGGAACGCAGGUGUCAGGGCUGUCUUGGGUGAAGCCUGGCUCGACGCAGCCCUUCAGCAAAGAUGACACUCCUCCCCAGAGCUGAACCUGCACUGUCACUGCUGCAGCCACUGGAGGGAGGCACAGCUGUUUAUUUGAACUGGAUCCUUGAACCAGUGGGGAGAACUGUUAAAUCGCCACCAUAUUGCUCAUCUUUAAAAGCUUUGUAGGCAUUUCCUCAGACAGCUUUAGAAUAAGGAAAAUGUUUGUAUUAUAUAUACAUUGACAAUGACAAAUGGAUGUCCGCGCAACAUCAUUUAGGCUGUAAUGCAAUCAAAGAGCUUUCUCAUUUCGAUUUUCAGAUCCAUCCACAUGUGGGGCUAGUUGCAGCUUUGUCCCAAAAGGAGCUCUAAAGUAUCCUUAAAGCAUUCAUACAGUAAGUAUAGUGGACUACAUGAUCUCUACCACUUGUUAAGAUUGGCUCAGGACUGUUUAUUUGUCAGACUUGGAAUGUUGUCAGCCACAGCUGUGUGAAUAAAACCACCCCUCCCAUUACCUAAGUAGUUUGACAUAUGUUUUAUAUUGGCUUCUCAUUGGACAAUGAUUUAUUUUUAAUCCCACUGUGUAAACUAUUGUCUUAAAUAGAUAUAUAUAAUUUUUUUUUUGCAAAGCAGGCAAAGUUUUAAAUGAGAUGUUGAUAAGUAAGCUCAUGUAUAUUAUUUGGUUGGAUUUUAAAUAAUUUUUGAACAUUAUAUGUACCUUUUGGCUGUUGGUUAUUAAAGGUUUGAUGUGUAAAUUAAUGAUGCUGUGCUAAGCUUUGAUUAUUAGAGACCUGUCUGCAUUGAUGCUUGGAUUUUCUAAGUGAUUAUUAUUAUUAUUAUUUUGGUUUUCUUUGCAAAUGUUUAAUUUUUUUAUUUUUAUUGAGACACAAAUCAAAUAAGUUACUGCAGGAUUCCCUUAUUAGUCUGAAGCAAAAUCGGGCAUGUAUUUUGUUAAGGUUUAGUUCAGUUUCUGAGCAGCACAAUAUGAAGUGUUGUCCAGCAACAACAAUACACCUUUUUGGUUUUGCCAGACAAAUGUCACGUUUCAUGUUAAGUAAUGUCUUCAUCUAAAGAUGGCUCUAUCUAAUUUUAAGUAAUAUUGCUCAGCCACUUUCAAUAUUGUCAAACUAACGGUGUGGGAACCUAGUAAGUAAAAUACUAUUUUGAAAUAGUAGAAAUGUUGCUGAAACCCGUUGGAUCUAUUAAAAGCUGCGGUGAUAGACCAGAAUGUAACAAAAUCCAAGUGUACUUCACACACUGGCAUUUGUUAAAUGUCUGAGUUUUAUUGCGUUACAUAUAGACCCAUUCCUGCUUCAGUUUGUGAAAGACAGUACUGUGUAGAUGACAUUAGAUUCAAAUGAUUUUCUCUGAAAUUCAAUAAAAUUAUUUA